UUGAUCCAAACCUAUGGGAUACUUUCUCAAACUUUAGUUGUUGCUUAUGGUCCUAUGCACUUAAUUGGUUUUGGGAGUAGACAAGAGCUGACAGUGGAGGCAGGAAAGAUAUCUAAUAUCUAUAUCCUAUCUCCCAAAUAGUAGUUUAUGGUUAAUACUAUAUUACUUGACACUGGUCAUUACUCAUCAUCAUUUGAUUUGUUGUUAUCAAUCAAUUUAAUAUAUUCAUAUCCUUCCACCUGAGUUCUUAGUCCUGAAUGUCCUUGUCUGUCUCAGUGUCUCUCUUCACAACCUCACCGAUCUGCCAUUUCUCACUCAUAACAACUUUGUACAAUUUGACUCGAUAUGUUGAAGUUUCUCUGCAGCUAAAUUGACCAAUAGUAAGAUAUUUAUCUUUCACUUUGCCAACUGGGGUGGUUUUCAAUUCAUGUAGCAGCUGAGGUUAUAUUGUAAAGGUCUAAUUAAGAAGCUACAUUGUAUUGGUUUGGGCAUUUGGAAUUGGUGGUGGUAGGUUUGGUGCACUUAGAUCUAAAAGCUAGAAAGAUGUCUUUUAUUGGCACUCAACAAAAGUGCGAGGCUUGUGACAAAACAGUGUACCCCGUUGAUCAGCUUUCUGCUGAUGGCACUGCUUAUCACAAAGCAUGCUUCAAGUGCUCUCAUUGCAAAGGAACCUUGAAGCUCAGCAACUAUUCCUCCAUGGAAGGUGUUCUAUACUGUAAGCCUCAUUAUGAGCAACUCUUCAAGGAGACAGGAUCUUUCAAGAAGAACUUCCAGUCACCUGCUAAGCAAGCUGUCAAAACAACUCCUGAGCUGACAAGGUCUCCUAGUAAAGCUGCUAGCAUGUUUUCUGGGACCCAAGAAAAGUGUGCUACAUGUGGCAAAACUGCUUAUCCUUUGGAGAAGGUAACAGUGGAAGGUCAGGCCUAUCACAAAUCUUGUUUCAAAUGUUCACAUGGCAGCUGUCCCAUAACUCCAUCCAACUAUGCAGCCCUGGAGGGCGUUUUGUAUUGCAAGCACCAUUUUUCCCAGCUUUUUAAGGAGAAAGGGAGCUAUAAUCAUCUUAUUAAAUCUGCAUCAAUCAAACGGGAAGCAAACUCUGUUCCACAAGCUUGAGUCAUGGUGUUGUCUUUUGUUGUUAUUAUCAUCUUUGGAAUAAGUGUUUGUGUUUUUUUCAUUUUGAUUCUACUUACCAUGACAAGUUUCCUUCUUGUUCACUUUAUAUGUGGGUGUCGCUAGUGUGCAAUUUACAGUGUGUGAUGUAUUUGACCAAUGCACAUUCAGUAAUAAUAGUGUGAUUUGCAAGA